AUGGGGCCCCCGGGCAAUAGGGGAUCAUGGGGCCCCUGAGUCCUUGCCCAAACUCAAAAAAACCUAUGAAAAAGUAUGUGGAUAUGUGACCAUCACACCUACCAUAUGGAUAAUAGUAUGUGGACACAUGAACAUCACACCUACCAUAUGGUCAGCAGUAUUCGGACACGUGACCAGGGGCGGACUGACAACUCAUGGGGCCCCCGGGCAAUAGGAGAUCAUGGGGCCCCUGUGUCCUUGCCCAAACUCAAAAAAGCCUAUGAAAAAGGAACCAGGGGCAUCUCAUGGGGCCCCCUACUGACCCCAGGCCCUCGGGCAGUGGACACCUGACCAUCAUACCUACCACAUGCGCCCAACCAAGAUAUAUGAGCAUUAUACGUCAGCAAAAAUCUCCCCCCCCCCAAAAAA